AUGGCUAUGGGUUUAUUCAAAAUCAAAAAUUCUAGAAGAAAAAGCUUCACAUUAGACAGUGCUUCCAACUCGAAUCCAAAUCCAAAUUCAAAUGAUAACACUAUUAACGAAGUCGCCAGCCAUUCCUCGUCCGAGAGAUCAAAGGGCUCCUCGUCUCAAGACAGUAAUAAAAAGGGUAAACUAGUCUACAUGAAUGGAAAAUAUUAUAGAAUGGUGCCAAAAGCUAAAAACAUUCAAAGACCUGCAAAGAAAAUUGAAAGUGAAGAAACUUUAGUUGAAACAAAACAGUUUGAUAAAUACCCAAAUAAAGAACUAUACCCAGUAUCAAGAAAACUAACCAAACAAUUAUUAAAAAACGGCUCAAUUAAAUGGAAAUGCUGCAAAUGUGGUAAUAACGACAACAUCUUUGAAUUAGAUGAAUACAUUGAAAAGGAUGAUUUAGUUAGACCCUUUUUCCAAUGGUGUGAUAGCUUUUGUCCAAAUUGUUUUCACAACUUUUGUUCAAUUUGCAUUGAAAAUAAGCUUGUGGAAUAA